AUGCCACUUUCAAAUAAUAGGAUAAAAGAGUUACUGAACUAUAAAUUUGUUGGCGUAGACGAGUCUUUUCUAUACUAUCACUGCCAGAUCAAAUACUGGGACAGGAUAUUAAACUACAUUCCAAUGUGGGUGGCUCCAAAUGCAAUUACGCUUACUGGAUUUAUUGCAAUGGUGAUUCAGACAGGUAUUGUCUGGUACUUGGACUCCGGUCUGACAGGCAGUAUAAAGUGUCUUCCUGCGGUUUCUGCAGCUUUUAUGUGGUUCUACUCGACUCUGGACUGCCUGGAUGGAAUGCAAGCGCGGAGAACUGGCGCAAAGUCGCCUCUGGGGCAGUUGUUUGACCAUGGUGUUGACUCAAUUGUGUGUACCUUGAUUAUUUAUUGCGCAUCCUCAGCAAUCGGUCUGCAAAAAAAAAGAAGCGUGUUUUUCUUGCUUCUGUGUGCGCAGGCUGUUUUCUACUGGGUGACAACAAAAGAGUAUUACACCGGUGUCUUUUAUCUUGGCUUCAUUGGGCCAACUGAGUCAAUUGCUCUUGGAUGCAUCUUUUUCCUUCUAUUAAGUACUGUUGGAAAAGAUAGACUUCUUCACUUCCAUCCAUGGAUCAAGAAGAAUUUUUCCUUGAUUAUUGAAUGUAUAUGUACUUUUUUCUGGCUGGUUGUCACUAUGUACUAUCUUGUUUAUAUAGAGCUAAAAACCGAGUUCAAAACACAGGCAACACUGAUUCUCCCAGAAGGCAUCAGAACCUUCCCACAUAUACUUUUUAUUGGGUCACAGAUUCUCACAGCUAUUUCAUUGCUAAACACUAGCUUUAUAGAGAACAAUAUAGUGUUCUACUUUUAUCUAGCAAUUACUACAAUGGAGUUUUCUCUAUUUAGCAUCUGGACCAUAUUUUCGCAUCAGCUGUCAAUGCCUAUUUAUAUCCCUGCUCGGUUUAUGAUGCUUCCCCUGAUAGCGAACUUGGUUCUGGUCUUUGCGACCUCUAAAAGAGCUUCAAUUCUUAUCUCUAUGAUUGGCACGCUUGCCUUUAUUGAGUAUUUCUUAACAACAAGAGAUAUUAUUGGUAAAUGUCUUAAAGUUCUAGGAAUUCCCUUUUUCUUUAAUAAUUAUAAAGCCUCUUAA